CAGCGGCAGCCGGAGGCAUUCUCCUGGUCUGCGUUCUGACUCUUCUUUGGAACAGAGCUUAAGGAUCACAGUUGGCAAUGACCACUUUUGUGUCAGCACACCAGAACGGCAACGGCUUAGUGAUCGGCUGGGAUCACCAGUGGAUAACCUAGAGGACCUGGACAGGGAUGACCUGACUGAUGAUUCUGUCUUCACUCGAAGCUCCCAAUGUUCUCGGGGUCUUGAGCGAUAUAUUUCUCGGGAGGAGGGGCCUCUUAGUCCCUUCUUGGGACAACUUGAUGAGGACUACCAACCAAGAGAAACUUUCCUGCAUCGGUCUGAUUAUAGUACUCAUAUCAGCUGUCAUGAUGAGCUGUUGCGGGGAUCAGAACGGAAUAGAGAUAAACUCAAAGGUUCCUACUCUAUACGAUCUGAGGAAAGGAGCCGGGAGGCCAAAAGGCCCCGUUAUGAUGACACAGAAAAGAUACACAGCACGGGAGGGGAUCACCCAAGUUUUACAUCAGGUACUCGCAACUAUCGACAACGUAGACGAAGCCCAAGCCCUAGGUUUCUAGACCCUGAGUUUCGAGAAUUGGACCUUGCCAGGCGAAAGCGAGAGGAAGAAGAGGAACGAAAUAGAAGCUUGAGUCAGGAGCUGGUGGGAGUUGAUAGUGGCAGCAGUAGCUGUUCUAUACAUGGAUUGUCAGGUGUCCUAACAGCAUCAGAACCAGGAUAUUCUUUGCAUCGGCCUGACGAAGUAUCUGUGAUGCCCAAGAAGUCCAUUCUGAAGAAGCGGAUUGAGGUGGACAUGGAGCCCUCCGUGCAGCUUGAGAGUUUUUCUAGCAGUACCAGUUCUAAACAGGAUCACCCUCUCUACUCUGGACACACAUCUCUUCCACUAAGUGGUGCUAUUGCUGCUUUUGCCUCACAGAUUGAAAACAAAGGAACUAUGGUAGACACUGCCUUGAAGGAACCUCAGGGCAACCUCUACCAGUGGGGCCCCCUCUCUGGGAUGCCCAAAGAUAACAGUCCUCUCAGAGAAAAAUUUGGAAGUUUUCCAUGCCGAAAGGAGAAAUUGGAUUUGAAGGCUGAGGGACCUGAACGACACACAGACUUCUUGCUGCCCCAUGAGAAAGCUAGUCAGGAUGGCAGUGGUUUUUCCCGCAUUCUGAGUAUGUUGGCUGAUUCUAGCAGUACACAGGAAAAAAGGCGGCGUAGCUUCCCUGACAUUGAAGAUGAAGAGAAAUUUCUCUAUGGGGAUGAAGAAGAGGAUUUAAAGGCAGAAUCCCCACCAAAGCCUAUUGGAGGCUCUCAGAGUGAAGUUGUGAGGCAGAAGACAAGCUCCCUGCCUUCUUCAGCUCCAUCUGUAAAGGUAGAAUCACUGGAAGAGACCAAUCCAGAAUAUGCCAAGAUUCAUGACUUGCUAAAGACCAUAGGGCUGGAUAUUGGAGUAGCAGAGAUUAGUAAAUUGGCUGCACGCACCCAGGAACGACUUCAUGGUAAGAAGCCAUCAUCACGCUCUUCAGCUGAUCGCCAUUCCUCACUUGACCGACACUUUUCACGCUCUUCCUCAGUUGACCAUCGUUUCUCAGCUGAUCGUCGUUCCUCAGACCACCACAGAUUGGAGAGUAGAGAAGCACACUAUAGCAAUACCCACUCCCCAGAGGUGUCCCAUCCACACCCAGCCUCCCCUGUGGAUCCUUACAUGCUUACAAAAAAUAGCCCCCCAUUCCUAAAGUCUGACCAUCCAGUGGGCCAUAUUUCAGGACCAGAGGUGGUUGGCAGUGGGUUUCAGUCAUCUGUUGCAGUCAGGUGCCUAUUGCCAUCAGCUCCAUCUACCCCAAUUAGACUUCCACACUCUGCUUCUGUGUCUCAGUUUCAUGUGCCAAGAGCUUCUCAGUUUGCUACAGCUCGGAUACCUCCAAACUACCAGGGACCUGCCAUUCCCUCUGCCUCCUUUGAUGCCUAUAGGCACUACAUGGCAUAUGCAGCCUCAAGAUGGCCCGUGUACCCCACCUCUCAACCAUCAAAUCACCCUCUACCUGAACCACACAGGAUAAUGCCAGUAACCAAACAAGCUACUCGUAGCCGUCCCAAUCUCCGUGUGAUCCCUACUGUGACUCCUGAUGAGCCCAAACAGGAGGAGUCAGUGCUAGGCUCAAUUUCUACUGCCCAAGUGCCUGUCCAAGUGUCCAUUCCAUCACUCAUAAGAUAUAAUCCAGAGAAGAUCUCUGAUGAGAAGAACCGUGCUUCCCAGAAGCAGAAGGUUAUUGAAGAGAGGGAAAAACUAAAGAGCGACCGGGAAGCCCGCCAGAAGAAAAUGUACUAUCUCAGGACCGAAUUGGAGCGGCUUCAUAAACAACAAGGGGAAAUGCUGCGCAAGAAACGAAGGGAGAAGGAUGGCCACAAAGACCCACUCCUGGUGGAGGUCAGUCGGCUUCAGGAUAACAUUAUGAAAGAUAUUGCAGAGCUACGACAAGAGGCAGAAGAGGCAGAAAAGAAGCAAUCUGAACUGGACAAAGUGGCUCAGAUAUUGGGAAUUAACAUCUUUGAUAAAUCCCAGAAGUCUUCAAAUGACAGUAAAGAGCCUAUAGAGAAGCCUGGAAAGGUGGAGAAAUCUAAGAGCCCAGAAAAAGUGUCAUCAUCAUCAAACUCCUCCUCCAACAAGGAAUCAAAAGUAAACAACGAGAAGUCCCGUACUAGGAGCCCCAAGCCUGCCGAAAUUCCCCAGCCAACUGCUAAGCAGUCUGAUCAGCCCAUUCCUGCCUAUGAGUAUUAUGAUGCUGGCAAUCACUGGUGCAAAGACUGUAACACCAUCUGUGGGACCAUGUUUGACUUCUUCACUCAUAUGCAUAAUAAGAAGCAUACACAGACACUGGAUCCCUACAACAGACCUUGGGCUUCAAAGACCCAGACUGAGGCCAAGCAAGAUACUGUAAAACGCACUGACAAGAUAACUGUUCCUGCAAAAGGCUCUGAGUUUCUGAUUCCCAUCACUGGAUUUUAUUGCCAGCUCUGUGAGGAAUUUUUUGGGGAUCCAAUUUCUGGAGAGCAACAUGUGAAGGGUCACCAACACAAUGAGAAAUACAAGAAAUAUGUGGAUGAAAACCCACUGUAUGAGGAGCGGCGGAAUCUGGACCGCCAAGCUGGCUUGGCUGUCGUCCUGGAGACAGAACGGCGACGACAGAGUGAACUAAAGCGCAAACUUACUGAGAAACCAAAGGAAGAGAAAAAAGAAAAAAAGACAAAGAUAGUGAAAGAAGUAAAGGAAGAUGACAAAGUCUCUGAGGAACUAGAGGGCCAACUCUCUGAGGGUGGGAGCUCCCCUGAAAAAGCUGAAAAUAAAAGGAAUGCUAGCAUCAAACUCCAAUUAAAAGAGGAGAUAAAGAAAGAAUCAUCAACAUCAUCUUUUGGGAAAUUCAGCUGGAAAAAGCCAGAAAAAGAGGAAGAAAAAAGUUCAAUGGUGGCCCCAAGUAUAUCUAAGGAAGAGACUGUGGAUAGCAAUAAGGACAAAGAGGAUGGCAAAGCUGAAGCUGGGAAAGCAAAGCCCAUCAAAAUCAAGCUCUCUGGGAAAACUGUUGUUGCACAUACCAGCCCUUGGAUGCCUGUUGUGACAACUUCAUCGCAAACUAAGAUCCGACCCAACCUGCCUAUCCCAUCCACAGUACUCCGUAAGUCAGGUUCAGCCACAGUGAGCAAACCAGCUCCUCUUAAUACCUUUCUGUCCAUCAAGUCCUCUGGAGCUACUGCUAAACCUCUACCAGUGGUUAAAGAGUCUUCAGCUGAUCUUCUUUUGCCUCCAGACAUCAUCUCCAAAGCAUUUGGAGGGGAAGAAGUGAUUCUAAAGGGAUCUUCAGAGGAAAAAAUGGUGCUGGCUGAAAAGAAUGAGCCAUCUCAUUUACCGGGGCAAAUACUACCACCGCCACCACCACCACCACCUCCACCUCCACCACCACCCCCAGUUAUACCUCAUCCAGCUGCCCCAUCUGCUGCUCAAACGAAUACUGUCUUGGCUCCAGUAAAAUCAAACCCAGUUAUAUCUCAGACUCUUAGCCCUGGCUUCCCAGGUCCUAACUUUUUGAACCCAGUGUUGCCUGUAGCCAUCAUGGCCUCAGCACAGCCAGUUACUAUUCCUUCUGAUGAGACAGCUCCUGGGGUGAGUGAGAGUGACCGGGACCAGACCCUAUUGUCUGUAUUGGUACGUCCUCCGCCACCCCUUUCAAGUGUGUUCAGUGAGCAAGCCAGAAAAUUGGAGAAGAGAAAUUCAUGCUUGGCCACAGCCAAUGCCAAGGAUCUGUAUGACAUAUUCUAUAGCAGUGGUGGAAAGGGGGCCCCUGAGACUAAGCUGAGUAGUGUUCCAUUGGCCAAUGGGGAAAAUAGCAACCUCUCUAAAACUGAAAGUUCAGAUACCUCUCCUACUUCUCCGCACAGCAGUGCAUCCCCAGAGGAAUUGCCUCAAGAUAGGGAUUUGGUCACUGCCUCUAUAGUCAGCAACCCUGAAAAGCCCAUUGCAAAAACUCUGGCAUCCUUAGGGAAAUGGUCAGUUGGAGAGCCCAUAGAGCCAAAAGGCAGCAGGUAUGGCUUCCUACAGCCUCUGACAAGGUUAUGCCAAAGCAGACCUUAUGAAACUAUUAGCCCAAAAACAAACACUUUGGCCAUGUGGACUUCUGGCUCCUUCCAGAGUGACAUUAAUAGUGAUACAGCUCCAGAGGGGAAAAUCAAGCUUGACCUUGGAGAGCCAGGGCCUCCUGGUCUAGAAUCAGCCCCUCAACUUUCAGAUAUACACUGUUAUACCAAGGAGUCUCAGAAGUUGGUAAAAAUCCACCUAAUAGAAUCUGGUAACCAGGAUAAGGAAAGCCAGGAAAUCCACCAAUCUGAGGAUUAUAGAGAAAGUGAGGGAGAGACAAACACUGAACUAAAAGGAAGGAUGAUAAAGCUUUCUGAGGAGAUGGUUGAAGUGAGAACAGGUAUCAACCUUGAGCCCCACAGCACAGAAGAUUCUAAUUUGAACCAUGGGAAUAGAUACAUGUGGGAAGGAGAAAUAGAACAGCCCAAAUUGCUAAUGAUUGACAAAGAAACUGAACAGUCUAAGAAAUUCCUGACAGGAAGUGAAACUUCAAGUAAAGUGGUGAUUGAAUUGGGUGCACAGGCGCUGUCUUCCACAAAGACAAAAAUAGACUCAUUUCCAUCUGAAGCUAGGUCUUUACCCCAGAACCCACAAGAUAUACCUGUGAACAUUUCUGCCCCACAAUUGUUUCUUAGGUCCCCAGUCAGAUUAGAUAUGUGUUCUACAGACAGUCCACAGGAACAAGAAGUUUCAGUUGAUAGUGAAGAGUGGCUAGAUAAUUCAGCUCCAGAACCAGCUGCUAGAACUUCUAGAUACAGAAACCUCAAACUUAAGAGAAUUUCUAAAGACCUUCAAGAUAAAAUGAUCUAUGAUCUCACUAUUUGGGAUGAGGACAAGAAGCCAGAAACCUGGAAGAGCCCAGACAAACCAGAAGUAGAAACUGUGGAGCUACGAAAUGUACAUCCAGAAUUAACAGUGACAAGAGAGAGCAAGGCCUUAGAUGACUCUGAUGCUCCAGACUUAAAAGCAGAAGAGCUUGCUGCCCUGGGGAAUCUGGGGGAUAGGCAUGUUGACUUCUGCAAUACUCCAAUAAAUCCAGUACAGAGAUCCCCAACUGCUCUACCUCAGAAAGUCUGUGAAGAAAAUUCUGAAUCACCUAUAGGGUGUAAUCCCUCUAAUCCUGCUAAUUUUGAACGAAUCUCAUCUUUUUCUGGGUUUCCUUUAGAUUCUCCCAAAACCUUGGUGCUUAACUUUGAGACAACUGAUGAACAAAAUUCAUCUAAUCCCAGAAGUGGGUGGAUUACUUCUAACAUUUUGAAAACUGGACUUCCCAAAGAAAAUGUUGACCGAGGCUUGGGGGUUCUAGAGGGAACACACCAGGCUCUUGAUUUGUUAGCAGGAGGAAUGAUGCCUGAGGAAGUAGAAGGUUCCCAGUUAGAGAAACAAGAAUCACUCAGAUUGGAAUCAGAAACAAUGAAUCCUGCAGGACUUGGCCCAUCUCCUUGCCUUCCAGACCUUGUUGACUUUGUCACACGGACAUCUGGAGUUCAAAAAGAGAAACAAUGUUCUUCUCUCUCUCAGCCAGGUGACCCUCCGAAGUGUAGUUCCCUCGAGAUGGGACCACUGCAGCCAGUAAUGCCAAAUGCAGUCGUCACGGAGGUAGCAGUUCCUCAAGUAGAUGAAGACAAUGACAACCCUUUGAAUUUGUUAACACCAGCUUCAGAGUCCCCUCCAAGGGAGCAAGUAGUUGGAGGCAAUAUGAUUUCUCAGGAAAUGCCUGAACAAGAAGCUACAAUUAAUACCAUCCAGAACCAUACAGAAUCUAGUAUUCACAACUAAGAAUAUAUAAACCCAGAGCUACUUGUGGAUGAAUCAAAUUGGUGUCUAAAAAUCAGAUAUCCAGUUGAACCAGGACUAGUUGGCUGUCUCAUCUGGACCCUACACCAAGAAUUACAGUCAGCAUCUUAAUAGUAAAUGUCCAUGGAAGCUAAAAAAAAUUAUCUCCUUUUCUUUUUUUCCCUUCCCCUUAAAAUAUCAGACAAAUCAAUCAUAACUUCUAUACAUAUCUGUAAAAAAGCAUUUUAUGUUAAAAAUUUUUUUGGCCAAUUUAUUUUCUCUUAUUUUGUCAUUAAAAUCAAAUGUCUAUCUGGCUCACCACAUAGUGUGCUUUGAUUGUAUUUUGGCUUUGACUCUGCCAUUUCUGGAAUGUGGGGGAGGAGGGAGACAGAAAUGACCUCUCUGUUUGCUAUGUUGUACUCCUACUACAUUUCCUGGGCAGCUGAUGGAAAACUUGCUGAAAUGAAAAACUCAAAGAAUUGUUCAUCUCUUAGGCCUCCAUUUGGGUUGGCCUAUC